AUGGAGAAAUUGAAGAUGAGAAAUGCUAGGUUGGAAAACGAAUUACAAAGGGCGCGUAAUGAUCUUGUGGAUAUGAGAAAUGAUAAUGAAGAAAAGUCGCGAGCUUAUGAAAACAUUGUCAAAAGCCAAAAGGCUGAGAGGGAUUAUACAUUUCGAGUGAAACAGGAUCUAGCGGCCGCGAGUAAGGAAUUAUCCAUGAGGGUAAAUGAGAAGAAGGUGGCUUUAGAAGAGGGAAAGCAGUGGAAGCACCUCUACGAAGAAGCCGAAAGAGAUAAGCGAGAAGCCCUGAAGAGACUAAGAGAAGCGCAGGUGCAGGUAGAAAAAGCGGGGCAUGAGAUGAAAGAGAUGGCCAUGUCGUUUGAGGCGGAUAUGAACCGAGAGCGUUGGAAGCUAGCAGAAGCAGAAGAAGAGCAUCGAACUUUGAUAAAACAAAUGGAGGAAUAUAUUGAGGAACAGGAGGAGUGA